AUGAAAUUUAGAAAAAUAUAAGUAAAAUUAUUAAUCAUCCUAAGGUUUUCGGUUUUUUCUCUCUUCACACUUCCUCAAUUAUCUCAUAUAUGGGAAUCGAUAUCAUACAACUGUUUCUUUAUCUUUAAUAGACAAGCUUCUCGAUUAGAGCUUAAGAUUAUCUAAUGAUCAAAGGGAAACUCUCUGAAUUUCAGAACCAAAUCAUUAUUGAGGUUAGAAUGUAUGAUGGUUUUGUAAUUGCCUUUGAUUUUCGAUUAGACAAUAAUAGAAAUUUGCUAAUUCUGAAAUUUAGUAGUGUUUCGUUCUUCUUUGUUGAGAUAACGGUGAUUUUUUAAAUGUUUAGUUUAGAGAUUAUAAAUAGUGCAGAGUUGGGUUGA